AGCAGUCCGAAAAAGUAAAUAAACACACGAAUCGAAUCGUUUUUGCCAACAAAAAACUAAUCCGAAUCGGGUUGAAGAAUGUUUCACUACGACAGACGAUUGAUUGGCUGGAUCAAGCUUGGACAGAAAUUUCAUCUAAGACGAUCGAGGGGUCAUGGCGACACCGCUUGGUUCUUUCCGGACGACCCUACCAACGACGAGAUUAAUGAUUGGCUUAACGACAAAGUGUGCGAUAAAAAUGGCAACUUAAUCGUAGGCGUUUGCGACGUCUACACGGACCAGGAGAUUAUUGACAGUGUUCUGGCCAGGGAUGAUAAGGAUUCAUUCGAUUUCGAUGAGGAUUGGCUGAUCGAAGAACCAGUUGAUGAAUCAAUCCUUGUUGAACGAUUCGACGAAGGGAGGGAAGAACAUCAGAAAUCAAUAGAAUGUGUCGAUUUUCUGAUCGCGCUCAUGGAUCGCAGGGAAGACGCGGCGGAAUCAAUUCGUUUUCGUAGUCUCCGGAGCAAACUUGUUGAAACUGAGUGGCAGCGACGUCGCCGAGAGGAUUAGUGAGGGCAGGAUUACGCCGAGAGGCUUAGUGAGGGUAGGAUUAGGUUGAUGGGGUCCAG